AUUAAAUAUGGGAUCUGCUUUCUCUUGCUGCAAACCUAGCCAAGACCCGACUGAAGAUGAGUCAAGGAGGAACACUAUUUCUAGCGGAAGGUCGUUGAGGAGUCACCAGAGUGAGAUCCUAGGGGUGGCCAAGAUUGAAGCGAGCGCGUCUUUUCAGAAAGAGGAUAGUGAGGAAGGGGAAAAGUCGAGGAAGAGGAGGAAAAUUAAGCAAAAAUCUGUGAGUUAUGCAGGUUCUGUAGAGGAAGUGAGAAUGGAGGAAAGAGAAUAUACCUCUUUGGUAAAGAAGGAAUUGGAUAAGGGAGAUAAGGAGUCCCAGGUUAGCAUAGAUCGUCACGAGAGGGAUUGUCCAGAUAUUGUUGAUUCUUCUCAAGAGAGUGGUAAAAUCAGUGAAUUACAUGGUGAGACUAACCAUAUUUCAGAAAAAAGUCAAACUCAGGAGCAAAGGGAUAAUCAUCAGUCUAGUCAUAACCUUGAAGCUAAAAUUGAUAUUGCUCACAAUGCAGAGGAUCAGCCAAAUUUAUACCAAGAAAGUAAUUUAAAGCCAAGGACAGAUUCUAAGAGUAGUAUUAAAGAUAAUUAUGAUGUGUUGAGCCAAAGAAGCGAAGUAGAAGAAAUUAAGGAGCCUGAUUAUUUAUCAUUAUCAGAGAAUCCGCCACAGUCAACAGAUGAAACUACCCCAGAAUUGGAGCUCUCUCUGCCAAAAAUUGCAUCAAAGCUGAUCCCUCAGGAAGAUCUUUGAAAAGAACUAUCAAUAUCCUACUACACCCAGAGUGCCUUCUACACUCGUGUAGUAAAUCCUUGGGAUCAAAUUCUGUUCGAUCAGACUACUGAGUUGAUAAUUGACUUGUCAAAUCCUGCUCACUUGGCACUUAUCAAUAAAAUUAAUACAAGACUUCCAGAUUUAGAUACAUUGGUGAUAAAGAAUAUUCCUGCUAGCAAGAAAAGAGCAGUCAAGAGAUUCUUGAGAAUUGGGUUCCCUAAGAGUUUGAAGAGAUUCUGGUUCAAUGAUGCUUCAAAAUUAGACUCAAUAGACUCUUAUAUGCGGGAUCUUAUGUCAGUAUGCUGGAGAGUUACAGAAGAAGUGUCUCUUUCGAAUUUUGAAAUAAACGAAAAGACGAUAGUACCUCUGAUAUGCACAAACAAGAACAAAAUAAUGUUCACUCUCUACGGCUGUAAAUUAGUCAUUUCUGAGAUUCCGAAUUUUGGUAACAGUCUAUCGAGAAGUACUCUACAAGACCUGAACCUUGCCUACACUUGGUUUGACAGCGAGUUUGACUCAAUUAGGUAUCUGAACUUUAACGAUCUGAUAUAUGGCCUAGCUAGAUCAAAAAGCUUCAAGUCAAACUUAAAGACAAUUUCGCUUUGGACUUCUGACAUUAAUAACACUCAAGGGCUGGAUAUUGCUAAAGCUCGUGAAACCUUAAAGAAACAAGGAUUUGAUGACCUUGAAAUUUUCACGCAUCAGCAAGAAAAUGAGCAUGAGUAUGAGUAUGAAUACGAACAAGACUAUGAAAAAGAUCAAGAUUUUAAUUAUUAAUGAAAAUUCAAAAAUUACCAAACUCUUGUUUCC